AGAUGUUUAAUGUUUGUUUACCGCCAGCAGAGGGAGAAACACCUCAAGUCUUCCUUAUAUAAUAGUGACGUCACAGAUGAUAGUGAAAGUAAAUUUGUUCGUGUUUACCUUCCGCAUUUUGAACAGGUUGAGUUGAUUUCUUAACAUAUCGACGAUACAGGUGAUUAAUAUAACAUGUAUAAUGUAUUUUUGUGUGUGUAGUUGAUUUAAAAGUUGUAGUAUUUUGAGAAAGUGAAUCCAGUCAGAUUGUGAUGACAGCGAGUGUUCAGGUGUGUUCAGGAAGAGUUUAAAGAUGAACAUUUGAUGGAAUAACUGAGAUUCUUUCUAUAAGCUCAGUCUUUUACGUUGUUGUUCAGUAUCAGUUGUGGAGAUCAGAUUGAUCAGAUUCACCUCUGCAGCUCCAUCAUGGAUCAAACACAAACAUCAACACAUGAAGAUUUUUCUCCAGGAUGCAGUUCAGAUCAUCAGAAGAGAUCAGAUUCAGAGUUCAGCUGUGUGUCUACGAAGAGUGAUGUGUCUAUGAUGAAGCCAAUAGAGUUUAAGACUGAAGAGACAAGACCUGCACACAGACAAAUCAUAACAGAAUCUGACUGUCAGAGGAAGAUUGAGCAAUCUGAGGAUCAACUACAAGACUUUAAUGAAAACAUGAGUCCUCAUUUCAGUUCAGAUCAUCAGAAGAGAUCAGAUCCAGAGUUCAGCUGUGUGUCUAUGAAGAGUGAUUGGUCUAUGAAUCCACCAAAAAACUUUAAGAGUGAAGAGACACAGCCUGCACACAGGCGAAUCAGAACAGAACCUGACUGUAAGAGGAGGAAGAUUGAGCAAUCUAAGAAUAAACCACAAGACUUUAAUGAAAACAUGAGUCCUUGUUUCAGCCAUGAGUCUAAUCUUGCUGAAGUCCUGAACACAUUCAGAUCAAAUCUGGGGAAGAAGUUUGAGUGUUUAUAUGAGGUAACAUCAAAUAAGAGAAACCCAACACUACUGAAUGAGAUCUACACAGAGCUCUACAUCACAGAGAGUGAAAGUGGAGAGAUCAGUAAUGAACAUGAGGUGAGACAGAUUGAGACACAAUCCAGAAGAACAACAACAGAGGAGACCCCAAUCAAAUGUAAUGACAUCUUUAAACCUUUACCUGAACAACACAAACACAUCAGAAGUGUGCUGACAAAGGGAGUCGCUGGCAUUGGAAAAACAGUCUCUGUACAGAAGUUCAUUCUGGACUGGGCUGAAAAGAAAGAGAAUCAGGACGUCCACCUCAUAUUUCCACUUCCUUUCAGAGAGAUCAAUUUGAUGAAGGACAAAACACUCAGUCUUUUAGAUCUUCUUCAUCUUUUCUUCCCACAAACAAAAGAAAUGGAAAUCUUCAGUGAUGAAUAUAAAGUGUUGUUUAUCUUUGAUGGUUUGGAUGAGUGUCGUCUGUCUCUGGAUUUUCACAGCAGUGUGAGGUUGUGUGAUGUAAGUGAAUCAACCUCAGUGGACGUGAUGCUGACAAACCUCAUCAAGGGGAAUCUGUUUCCCUCUGCUCUCAUCUGGAUCACCUCCAGACCAGCAGCAGCUGAUCUCAUCCCCUCUGAGUGUGUUGAUCGAGUCACAGAGGUACGAGGCUUCACUGAUCCACAGAAGGAGGAAUACUUCAGGAAGAGAAUCAGUGAUGAGAGUCUGUCUGAUCAAAUCAUCUCACACCUGAAGUCAUCCAGGAGUCUCUACAUCAUGUGUCACAUCCCAGUGUUCUGCUGGAUUUCAGUCACUGUUCUAGAGAGAAUGUUGAGUGAAGCAGAGAGAAGAGAGAUCCCCAAGACUCUCACUCAAAUGUACACACACUUCCUGAUCAUUCAGACAAACAUCAAACAUCAGAAGGACUAUGAGAAGAGAGAUAAAGACAUGAUCUUCAAACUGGGGAAACUGGCUUUUGAGCAGCUUGAGAAAGGCAAUCUAAUCUUCUAUGAUGAAGACCUGAGAGAGUGUGGCAUUGAUGUAGCAGAAGCAUCAGUGUACUCAGGAUUGUGUACUCAGAUCUUCAGAGAGGAGUUUGGUUUGUAUCAGAGGAAAAUUUACUGCUUUGUUCAUCUCAGCAUCCAGGAACAUCUAGCAGCUCUUUAUGCUCACAUCUCCUGCAAAAACAACAACAUAAAUGUGUUGAAUAAAAUGAAGAAACAAACUGAAAGAGAGAAGAUUUCAGUGUCUGUUCUGUAUCAGAGAGCUGUAGAUGAGGCUCUAAAGAGUAAAAAUGGACAUUUUGAUCUUUUUCUUCGUUUUCUUCUGGGUUUGUCAGUGGAUUUGAAUCAGAAUCUCUUACGAGGUUUGAUGACACAGACAGAUCAAAACUCUCACAGCAAUGAAAAAACUGUUGAGUAUAUCAAGAAGAAGAUCAGGAGCACUCGAUCUCAUGAGAAAUCCAUCAAUCUGUUUCACUGUCUGAAUGAACUAGGUGAUCAUUCACUAGUGGAGGAAAUCCAACAUCAUCUGAAGUCUGGAACAUUAAGUGAAGCCAAACUCUCUUCAUCUCAGUGGUCAGCUGUAGUUUUUGUGUUGUUAACAUCAGAACAGAAAAUGGAUGAGUUUAAUUUGGAUGAUUUUAUUAGAGGAAAAAACAAAGCUGAAAGACUGAAAGUUUUUAAGAAGCUGCUGCCUGUGGUUUGUGAAUUCAGAUCAGUUCAGUUAAGUGAUUGUAAUAUCACAGCUGAAGGUUGUGUUGCUCUGACUUCAGCUCUGAGAUCAAACCCAUCACACCUGACACAUCUGAAUCUGACUGGGAAUAAAUUUGGAGAUUCAGGAGUGAAGCUGAUCUCUGAUGUACUGAAGAAUCCUUACUGUAUCCUGGAGAUACUGGAGUUGAUGAGGUGUGAUAUCACAGAUGAAGGUUGUGUUGCUCUGACUUCAGCUCUGAGAUCAAACCCAUCACACCUGAGAUUUCUGGAUCUGUCGCUGAAUAAACUCACAGAUUCAGGAGUUAAGCUGAUCUCUGAUCUAAUAGAUGAUCCACAUUAUAAACUAGAGAGAAUAUGGACUUCAGGACAGAAGAAAAUAAAGAUGUAAAGAUGUCUGUCUGAUCUUUAUUAUCAUCUGAUGGUGAAUAAGAAGACACAGUAGUGACAUCACAACACAAAAUCAACACAGACUUUAAACACAAUGCACCUCAAACUGAUAACACUGUUUUAAAAAAAAUGUAAAUCCUAUGGCGAUGUAACCAUUAUCUAUGCUUUUGUUAAAAACCAUGCUUUGAUUACUGUAAUGCCCUUUUCAUGGGUCUAUUUGCCAGCUCUAUAUCUAGAUUACAGUAUAUUCAAAACUCUGCCGCUAGAAUAUUUACUCACACUGAACGUUCGUCUCAUAUUUUAUUAACUCCAUUGGCUUUCAGUUAUGUAUCAUAUCAAAUAAAAUUCUACUACUUUUAAAUGUUUUCACAACAUGACUCCUCGAUACCUCUGUGAUAUGCUUCUCCCUUACACUCCGGCUCACUCAUUGCGUUCCUCUGAUUCUGGCCUUCUCAGUAUCCCUUGAAAUCGCAUUGCUUCAGUGGGGGGUAGAUUGUUUACUGUCUUUGAACCAAAGCUGUGGAAUUCUCUACUUCUUCGCAGUGUCAACAACAUUUUUACUCAAGACUCAUUUGUUCUCUGAAUGUUAUAAUCUAUUGGCUGUUUUCAGUUUUGUUUGUUCUAUUGUGUGUGUAUUAUUGUUUUUCUUUCUUUUUUGCUUAACUUAAAUAUUAUAGUACUAAAUAUUUUUGCCUGUGUUUGUCUGACAUUCUUUUGACUACUGUUUGUACCCUCCCCUUCUUUAUUUCAUUGCAAU